ACGACAACAAAUUUGCCAACAACAGCGCAAUUUGUGGACGCUUCGUUGACUUCGCUGUCAUUAACGGCAUCGUCAACCUCCUCCCCCGUCUCCACAUCAUUGCCGUCGUCCUCAGCAACCGCCUUGGAGCUGUUCUCAACAGUCGCCAGCAACAUAACAGCAAAUGCAAAUGCCAAUAUCAGCAGCUCAAUCGAGACCAGCGACCAACUCGAAGACAAUUGGGUCGACGUAUCCCUGCUGCUGUUCAAGGGCUUCAUAUUCUCGUCAAUUAUACUGGCCGCGGUGCUGGGGAAUGCUCUGGUCAUUAUUUCGGUCCAACGUAAUCGAAAAUUGCGCGUUAUAACAAAUUACUUUGUUGUGUCACUGGCGAUGGCCGACAUGUUGGUCGCCCUGUGUGCGAUGACAUUCAAUGCGUCCGUGGAGCUGUCCGGCGGCAAGUGGAUGUUUGGCCCCUUUAUGUGCAAUGUGUACAACAGUCUGGAUGUUUAUUUUUCCACAGCCAGCAUACUGCAUCUUUGUUGCAUAUCGGUCGAUAGAUACUAUGCCAUAGUGCGACCCUUGGAGUAUCCACUGAACAUGACACACCGAACGGUUUGCUUCAUGUUGGCCAAUGUGUGGAUAUUGCCCGCCCUAAUCUCUUUUACGCCCAUUUUCCUGGGCUGGUACACGACCGCAGAGCACCUGAGGGAGGUCUCCCUACGUCCGGAUCAAUGCACGUUUGUGGUCAACAAGGCCUAUGCUCUCAUCUCGAGCUCAGUCAGCUUUUGGAUACCUGGCAUUGUUAUGCUGGUUAUGUACUGGCGCAUCUUCAAAGAGGCUGUGCGUCAGCGCAAGGCAUUAAGCCGUACCAGCUCCAACAUCCUGCUGAAUAGCGUUCACAUGGGUCACACCCAACAGCCUACCAAUCUGAGCUACUUGCAUCCCAGCGACUGCGAUCUGAACACAAAGUCAGCACGAGAGGAAACAAUCAGUGCAGUCAGCAAUUUGGAGGACAUGCUGCAGACGGCCACCGAUGAGGACGAUGAUAAGGACGAGUGCGAUGAACUGCGAGUGCCAUCGCCGCCUCCUCGUCGCCUGAGUCGCAGCAGCAUCGACUUGCGUGACCUCGAGCAGGAGCGUUAUGAGAAGGUCACGCACACGGAUAGCGCUCCAUCGAUGAUGGCCCUUCAGCAGCAGCUCGGCGGCAAUCAGCUGCAGACGGCAGCGCCCGUGUUUAAUCCACAAAUCUGGAUAGAGACGCUGGUGAGCAAGGCGCCACAGCAGCCACAUGCAAAUCCUGCCGGAUGUACAGCAGUACAACAGCAGCUGAGCCUGACAAGCGGCAGCGGGAAUAGCGAGCAGGAGCCGGAGUCAACGGCCUAUCGUGUAUUUGGCCUAAACAGCGAUGAGAGCGAGACGACGGAUCAGUAUGACACACACUUGCCACUGGCGGAGGACAACAAGGAACUGAAGCGACUCAUCGAGGACAACUAUCUGUACUUUAAGAAGCAAACGGGAGCGGCAGGGGGAAAGUAUGCGGCGUUGAGUGAAUCAGAUUUCAUCCGCUUGAAAUCGGGAGCUGCUGCAACUGGUCACAAAGCCACAUUAGCGUCAAGUGACUCGGAGUUUUUGCGGACCAUUAGUGAAUCAAAGGCACCGGGUCAAGUGGCGGGCAAAGAGAAAGGCUUCAAUUUCAUGUCACUGUUGGCCAAAACCAAACGCUCCAGCGCCGAGUGCUUUGCUCUCGAAAAGAAGCGUCAGCACGCGACCUCUGAGGGUUCGAGUUUCUUUCGACGGUCACGCAACCGCAAAUUGUCCCACAGCUACAAUGGCGGAGCUGGCGGCAGCAAGGAACGCAGGGUUGAGCAGCGGGCGCGACAACAUAGCGACACCGACUCGACGCCCAACAAACCGGACAUCCUGCUGGACAUUAAUGUGCUCAGCGAGCAGAAUGCGGCCACUGCAACGGAUGGUCAGCUCAUCAAGCAAUUCAGCGAUGGUUUGCAGCUAAUUGACUUUGGCAGCGAUGCGGCAGCGAUGGUCGGCGUUGGAGUUGGAGUCACGCGCGAUGAACUCGCUCAACUGGCGGACUGCUUUGUGGAGUCACCCAAGCAGCCGGCUACACCGCCACCAUCGUUGUCGCCGCCAGAGCUGCCGGAGCAGAGCGGCAUGCUCAUCACGAACAGCUCGGAGCUGGCCGAGAUCUUUCGCUCGCUGAGCUUUCCAAUGGGCGAGCAGUCGAAGUCUAGGCGUCAGGCGGCGGCGUCGUCGUCGUCGUCGUCGGCGGCAGCGCCACAACGUAUGAGCACGCUGAGCGAUCAGGUGUGUGCCAACUAUCUGAUGUCCCCACCGAAUACGCCAGCAGCUGUUAAUGCCGUUGGCAACUCCAAUUCGCAGUCGGCAUCCAUUAACGUAUACUUCCUGUCGCCGCCGCCGCAUACAGCCGGCUAUACGCCAAGUGACACCUCCACCGUAUCCCUGGACGUCGUCACCACACUGCCGGUGCCGCAGUCAUCUGCUCAGCAACAACAACAACAACAACAACAGCAUCCUCUCAACAUAUCACCCAAGCCCGAAAUAAUACUCGACUCGACACUUUCCCCGGUGGACAGCGGCAACGAUGUCGGCCUUGGCUUGGCCGAGAACAAGGAUGUCACCUCGCCGCUGUUGAAGCGUACAGAUAGCACCACCGAAGCGGAUGUGGGCGCAUCCGGCAACCGACAACGUUGCAGCAUUCUCACUGGUUACGAGGGCAUUCAGACGGUGCGCAAGCGACAAGCCUCGGUGGUUACCUACGAUGUCAACGUCAUCAAUUUCUCGCAGGAGCAUAGCGACAGUCGCAGCUACAUUCCCAUGGGACGGGUCUCCACCAGCUCGGCGAAGCCAGAAUUUUCCAAUAAAUCCUCGCUAAUACGACGCGGCGGCAUCUGCAUUUUUGUGGAUGAAGACGAGGCCGAGAUCAUUGAACAGAAACCGCAUGGCAUUACCUUUGCCACGGCUGCCAGCCCGCUGGCCAAAUGUCCGCUCUGUGGGGCCGAGAUCAGCGCCACCACAGGCACUACAACCACCACAACCACCACAACUACCACAACCACCGACACCAACACCUCAGUCAGUGCAAGUAGUAAACGUAGUAGUCACAUCCCAGAUCCAGCUCCAGCUCCAGUUCCAGCUCCAGUCCCAGCUCUGGCUUCUGGGCAGGAGCAAGCACGCUUCUGGCACAAACGAAAGGCGGCGGUCGCAGCAUUCUGGCAGCAGAAUAAAAAUCGGAAGCAGCGCUUCAAAACCGGAUGUAGACACUGUGGUGCAACCGGCGGAUCAGUGCGACCCGCGAAAGGUUGGAAGGCCGAGCACAAAGCAGCUCGCACUUUGGGCAUUAUAAUGGGUGUCUUUCUGCUCUGUUGGUUGCCCUUUUUUCUAUGGUAUGUCAUCACAUCGCUUUGUGGAGCCGCCUGUCCCUGCCCGGAUGUGCUCGUCCUGGUCCUAUUCUGGAUUGGAUACUUCAACUCAACGCUCAAUCCUCUCAUCUAUGCUUACUUCAAUCGAGAUUUUCGCGAUGCCUUUCGCAAUACCCUCGAGUGUGUGCUGCCCUGCCUAGAGAAGCGCAAUCCCUACAAUGCAUACUACGUCUAGAAAACCCCUAAAUAUCCCUACAAUCACUUGAGUGUCCGUGUAAGUGAUAACACAAAAAUUUCCCAUUCAUUCAUAAACAACUUAGGUUAAGCCUUCGAGCUAAGCAAUACUCAAUGUGUGUUUGUUACGUAUACGUAUUAUACCCUAUAUAAAAGUCUACUUUAGUAUUCAGAUUUAAGCAACGCUUGGGACUAGAUCUAAGAAAAUAUGUUGCAUGUACCCCAAUAAAAGCUGCACUUUCAAUGUGUGUCUACAAGAAAAUAUACGUAAUAUCGAAAAUUAGGUAUUUCUAUGACCCUAGUCAUAAGUAAAUUAUGCAUAUAGUAAACGAUUCUCGAAAUCGAAGCAAUUAAGCAAAGCCACUAGAAAAUACAAAGAGUGAAUAAUACAAUUUAGCAGAAAUUAUGAUUAAGUUACAUUCUUCGGUUAAUCUUCGAAGUUAAGAGUACUCUUUCCAGCUAAUUCUGAUAGAGAAAUCCGAUAGAUAUUUAAUUUCAAAGUGUUCAGACAGACAAAAACUCAAGGUAUACGCCAAAAGACUAUACGAACUACGAGAUCAUCGAGAAUGAAAUCGAUUUUAAACUAGAUGUUAACGAAUUCCGAUCUUGAAAUUAUUUUGGAAAGAGUAUAAGCAUAUUCCUAACUUGUUGUUAAACGCCUAUCUUAGAUUAUCAAAUAUAAUUCGUCUUAAAUCUAACCUAAAACUUAACUCAAUUGUCUGUGUCAUAAAGAAUUUUCAAGCUUAUUGACAAUCUAAAAAAAAA